GUCGCGGCGCCUGCGCGUUAGCUGCCUGGAGUCAGUGCCCUUAGGACGUACGCCUGUCGCACCUUGAGUCCUGCUGUCCGCGCGAGCCGGUUUGUGCUCGGUGUCCUGUGCACACCCUUGCAAGUGACGGCGCCAUGAGUAUGACUUCCAGCGUACGAGUUGAAUGGAUCGCAGCUGUUACCAUUGCUGCUGGAACAGCUGCCAUUGGUUAUCUAGCUUACAAAAGAUUUUAUGUUAAAGAUCAUCGCAACAAAUCUAUGGUAAACCCUCACAUCCAGAAAGACAACCCCAAGGUAGUACAUGCUUUUGACAUGGAGGAUUUGGGAGAUAAAGCCGUGUACUGCCGUUGUUGGAGGUCCAAAAAGUUCCCACUCUGUGAUGGAUCUCACACAAAACACAAUGAAGAAACUGGAGACAACGUGGGACCUCUGAUCAUUAAGAAAAAAGACACUUAAAUGGACACUUUUGAUGCUGCAAACCAACUUGUCAUGGUGUUUCCUGAUUGUUUAAUUAGAAUGACUACCACUUCCAUCUAAUUCACCUCCCCUGGGUUCUAGAUGUGUGGUAAACUAUAGCUUUCAUAUUCACGGCAUUUGCCUUACAUGUGGAACCAUUGUGGUGCACAUCUCUUGAAACAAAAAAGGAAAAACAAAAAACCAAUCUCAUGGCCUGUGGGUUAUUUUGGUCUUGUAAGGAUCUGUUUCUUUACAAUUAAAACUGACAUUAGAAUAUAGUUGUAUGUCAAAGUUAACGUAUUAAAUUAUUCUCAAAAUUA